AUGGCCUACAAUCCCGACGCAUCCAACAAGGUUAUAAGUUUUCGUGGCUAUCACAAGAGUAAAUUGGACGAUUUUGCAAUCAGCUUGCGAUCUUUAAACUGGGAUGACUAUAUUCUCUCCGCUGAAUCUCAACAUGCAGCUGGUAUGUUAUAC